GGGUUACCUCGCCUCGUGACAGCGAUUUAAUUAGCAGUAGAUCUGCUGUAGACUGCUUAACUUGUCGAGGAGGAUAUUCAAUCGGCCCUGAUUAAAGCAGCUUUAUUGUAUCGUUACGUGAGUGCCUUAAAUUUGAUUCUCUAAUUUAAAAGUACGAAUGUGAUUUUCAUCAUGACUAUUUUCUUCCUUACUAGAAGGCAGAUGUACUGAAAAAUAUCAAACUCUGCGUGUGAUUUGCCGCUUAUUCAACUUUUGAACAAUUUUCCCCUUGAAACUUAAACCUUUAGGUUCUUAUGCCCGGGCUUGCGAAGAGCUAUGCACGGAAUUACGAGUUGCUUCAUUAGGUAGGAUGUUGCCAGCCAGGAUCAGAGUGCGGGUUAGGGGACCUGCUCUGGUCCAUUCCCUGCCGCCUUGCUGCCGGCGUAUCAAAUUAUCCGUGACGUGCCCUGAGCCUAAUGAUAACAGCGCCAAGCUUAUCGUCGACAGCUUCAGGUCUUCCUCCACGUCUGCUGCUACCGAAGUCGAGAAGUGCGUUCAAGUCUCCAGAUACUCUCGCCUCAAGCAACCGAUUCCUAAGACGCAGAAUAUAUCUCCGGGGAUGGUGAUCAGUCACGUCCAGGACGCAUUCGGGGCGACUGAGUCUCAAUGCUUGCAGUUGUUAAAGUCGCCAGAACUGCUGAGGCUGAAACAGAAGAAGCUGCUAGACACCAUCUCCAUCAUCAGAGACAACGACAUCUCACUCAGCCAACUCAUGAGAAUCCCGUGGCUGCUCACACUGAGUCCAAAUUACCUCCGCUGGCGCCUGUCGAUGUUAGUGGACGAUGCGUUCAUGUUCCAAACGCCCUCCGACGGCGCCGGCUUUUGCUGCCUCUGCGUUCCCUCUAUCGGGAAAUUACGAACUCAGUUUUACAGCGAGCGUUACGAGAUUUCUGACCACAGGAACAGGAUAUACUACAUGGCAGACAGACUCAAAGUGAGUGUGCCGGAAAUGUCUGAGGCUAUCGCUCAGCCCAAGAGUAUGAACGUCAUGCCCUUACAACGCGUCCGUCAGGUCAUCGAUAUGCUCAUUAAGUACCAAGUUCCACUUGAGGACAUAGUGAGAGAUCCCUGGAUGUUCCUGAGCAAACUCGAGCUCGACGCCAGAGUCCCCGAUGCAGCAGCAGCACUAGAGUGCAUUGCGCCCCGUGUGCUGGAGGUGGCGUCACUGCUGGGCAUCAACCCAUAUCUUCUGGCCGCGUACUCCAGCGACCGCAGAGUGAGAAGAUUGAUGUCCAGGAAAGGUCCCGUCAUCGCCGGCUUGCUGAUGAAUAAAGGAUAUUCUCUGCUGCAGAUUUUGCUGGACACGAGAGUGAUCAAUUACAAGCCCCAGCGCCUCGCCGAGCGUCUCGCGCGCGUCACGAGUCACAGGACGGCAACGAUGAGCGUGCUCUAUUACCCUGACCAAGUCUUUGAUGCAUACUGUCGUAGGAUGGAAUAUGCUCCCACCCUCAUUGAUGGCUACACUGAUGUCAAAAGAUCAGCGCUAUGAUAACGUUCAACUCGAAUCAUACUCUCCGAGAAUAUCAUUUAUUCAAAACUUAAUCUUCAGAUUCACAAGAAAAAAAU